UACAAAAUUUGGAGGGAAGUUUAUGCCAAAUCUGACCCGUUAAACAUUUUCUGCGUUUAUUUAGAAGCAAUGACAACUGCUUUAGACAACUUUCAACGCGCCGAGAAAAUCGGCGAAGGCACAUACGGCAUUGUGUACAAAGCGUGCAACAAUCAAACCGGCCAGGACGUCGCACUCAAGAAAAUCCGCCUAGAAGGCGAAUCGGAAGGAGUACCAUCGACUGCCAUACGGGAAAUAUCUCUAUUGAAAAACCUUAAGCACAAAAAUGUAGUACAACUUUUUGAUGUUGUUAUAUCUGGCAACAAUCUAUACAUGAUAUUCGAGUACCUUAACAUGGAUCUCAAGAAACUUAUGGAUAAGAAAAAGGAUGUCUUUACACCACAGCUAAUUAAAAGCUAUAUGUAUCAGAUAUUCGAUGCGCUCGACUUUUGCCACACGAAUAGAAUACUGCAUCGGGAUCUCAAGCCGCAGAAUUUACUUGUUGAUACGGCAGGCAAUAUUAAGCUGGCUGAUUUCGGUUUGGCUCGUGCAUUCAAUGUACCCAUGCGCGCCUAUACACAUGAGGUAGUAACACUUUGGUAUCGGGCGCCUGAAAUACUGUUGGGCACCAAGUUCUAUUCGACGGGCGUGGAUAUCUGGAGCCUGGGCUGUAUAUUUUCCGAAAUGAUCAUGCGGCGUUCGUUGUUUCCAGGCGACAGCGAAAUCGAUCAAUUGUACCGCAUCUUUCGCACACUAAGCACACCCGACGAAAGCAAAUGGCCGGGUGUUACACAACUGCCGGACUUUAAGGCUAAGUUCCCCAAAUGGGAGGCAUCCAAUGUGCCAACGGCCAUACGCGAGCAUGAAGCUAACGAUCUCAUUAUGUCGAUGCUGUGCUACGAUCCAAAUCUGCGCAUAUCUGCCAAGGAUGCACUUCAACAUGCCUACUUUCACAAUGUGCAGCAUGUGAAAGAUGUUGCAUUGCCUGUGGACCCCAAUGCUGGCAACGCGUCACGGCUUACGCAGCUCGUUUGACGCCUACUUUACGCUCCACAUUAUAAUUAUCACGUUUUCUGUGAUUGUAUAAUGUCAACUUCAUUUCACAUCAACACACAUCCCACAGUCAGACUAACAAACACCAUCAAAAUAUACAUCAUUUUCAUAAUAA